AUGAGCUGGUGUACGGCUGAGCAGGUGGCAGAGCUCAUCUCCGUGGCACGUCUUUGCAGCGACGUCGAUCAGGCCACGCGCAAGUCGGCCGAUUUACGCUUCCUCGAUUUGUGCGCAAACGCCGUGAACGCCGGCGAUGCCCUAAUCCAUGUGGCAAUGGAGGGCAGCGCGUCCCCUGCGCUGCGCCUCAACGCGCUUCUGGCCGUCGAAACGCUUUUCACAGAGAAGGGCUGGAUUGAAGGGGCGCAGUUUAGUGACCGCAGCACCGUCACGAAGCGCCUUCUGCACCUCGUCGCUACGGACCCCUCCUUCCUGCCACAGAGAAAGGUCGAUGCCGGACUGCUGCGGUGCUUCGCAAUGAUCGUGGCGUUGGAGUUUUCGACGACGGAGUGGCAGGAGUGGGUGCGCCAGUGUGUGGUGAGGUUCGCAGAGGGUGACGCUCGCGGCUCUGCCGCGCUGUCUGCCGUUGUGGCGGAGAGUUACCGAAACUACUGCCUAUGGAGCUUUCUCGCCAACGAUGUUGUUGGCUUCCUGCUUCAUGCCCAGAUCAUGACACUGCCGCUGCGAACGACUGUCAUGCGGCUGUUCCUUGACCUGAUGCGCAAGCAACCUCGCCCCUCUGUCGAGGACAAGCUUGCCUCUGCGACAAACUGCCUUCUCUUCUCUGCCGAAGUGCGGCAGCUCGUGCUGGCGGCGCUUCUGGAUCGUAUAGAGGAGUCGGAGCAGUUGGCGGGGUCCUCCUCCGACAUCUUCGUUGCGGACUGCACCGCAUCCUUCGCCGUGGCGUCCCGGCUCGUCACCGACGCCGAGUCCGCCUCGAUCGUUUUUCGGUGCAGCUUUUCUUUUCUUGUCCGUCUGCAGACCGUGGCCGCUGCCGCGGGUUGCGUAGUGCCUGCAGAGCUUCAUGACUUUAAGGAGCAACUGCUUGAGUGUCUCAUUAGCGCCCUGCAAAUCUACCCCGAGGUGGCCGGCGCCGACUUCAGCGCCGACGGCAUCCUCUCGUGCCUCAUUUACUUUAUGAUUCGCCCCAAUGCGCUGGAGCGCGGCGACGCAGCGCAGCUGUCGGCUGAGUUUCUGGAGUACUUCAUCGACGAUGAGGCAGUGCCCCUGGGCUGUGGCAGCGGCGACGCCGCAAAUCUGGCGGGGGCCGUGUUGGAGUUAUAUCUUGAGCACCAUUCUGCACAGCGUCCUCUCGCCGUUGUGGCGCUGAACAGACUGCUGCGUGCGACCCCGGUGAUGGACGGGUGUCUCACCGAGGCGGUGGCGCUGGCGCUGCGAUCUGUAAGCCGUGUGUACGAGGCCAGCGACGAUGUCGUCGUCGAUGCACUGGAUGAUGCCGUGCAGGCGGAGAUGCUUACGCAGGUAUCACAGCUGCUCCUCCGUACCACCGACCCGCACGCGCACGUGAUGUUGAUCGAUGCGCUGACUCACUGCUUCUACCGUUCGCAAAAUCAGUCGCUAUGCACGCAGCUGGUGGAGCUUCUGCAGCGGCUGUACAUGAGCAGGGUGGAAUCAAGAGACGACUGUGGGGUGUGCGUACGGUAUGCGUGCGUGUACGUGGCAGGUCGCCUUGUUGACGAACUCCGCUCGCACGAGUGGUGUGGGCAAUUACUGUCGCAGGAAUGGAUACAACUGACCAUGCAGCAGCUGUGCGACGGAGACGCGUUCGGUGUCUUCAGCGCAGCCUCAACGCUGUGCACGCUGCUGUGUGUCGCACCCGCUACCGCGGCGCACAUAUCUCGUCAUGUCGCCGUGUGGGAGCAAGGGCUCGCUCAACUCUGCGACCACGCCACCCUUCGCAGCGUUGCGGCACUUCUGACGCUCACAUUGAAGCAUCUCUCCGGCCUGUCGCUUGCGCCAUCAUCUCUGGCGUCCCUGCCGCACAACUGCGAGCUUGUAAUCCGAUCUUGCAAUGUAGUGCUGGGCUUCUGUCGCACACCGUCCCCGUCGCGCCACCUCGUCCUCCGCUCGCUCGUCGACUUCUUCGCCGACCACACGCGAGCGCUGCUGCGCGGUGAUGCACUCGCGGUUGGGGGCAUGUCGGUUUCUGAGCCGCUCUCCUCUCUCGCAGGUGUUUUGCUGACAGAGGAGUACGCACUGGAGCUGGCGCACGAUGAGCCGAGCUGCCGGCGCUUAGCCACUUUUGCUGCCGUCCAUUGCAUAGCAUUCGGCAGCGUGCAACCGUCGUCUUCGCCAACUGCGGCCUCUGCUCUCGUGAGGGUUCUGCAGUAUGCAGUGCAGCAGCGCUACGCCUCGCAGACCAUUUCGUGCGUGUGCGGCCACCUGACAUGUGUGCUGCUCACCCAGCCGGCGCAGCUGGACGAGGCAGCCCCGCGAGUGCUGCAUGCACUGUUCCGCGACGGCGUCGACAUCGGCGAAGGCCGCAAAGGCGCCAACUACGGAGGUGUUGCGUUUCUUGUCUCUGUGCUGCUGCUUCGCUCACCGCACGCGCUGCUUCAGAGCGCCUGCUUAGGCGAUGUCAGCGGGACAGUGGGCGCAGCGGGGCAUCUGCCAGGCCUUCAGCGUGCGUUCGGCUGGUGGCUAAGCCUCGCCCCCUUUAUGGACGCAGUACAGUUUCUUUACUUUUCCGCCGCCACCUGUCGUUUGGUGGAUGCGGUGGUGACGCUGCCGCCGGAAGUGCGUAUCAGUCUCGGCUGCCUGAAGGCGUGUUGUCAGUACAUCUUGCCGUCUGCGCACGUAAAGAAACUCCCCUCUCGCCUACUCACCGGCGGCCAUCUUCUGCAGCACCUGGCAGCUGCGUGGAUAGAUAUCGAUCGUCGUUACAGCCGGACAGGCAAACCGCAGUUGCUCGAGAAGGAGCUGCACCCCUUUCUCUUAUCCUUCGACAGCCUGUACGAGCUUCUCUGCGGCCAGAGCUUCUCCUCCAGCACCGCAUGGAACCUGAUCAAGGCAUCGCCAAGUGAAACACUGGCCGCCGUUCUGGGGUACAUGGAGCACCUUGGAUGGGCCGAUGUUCUCGGCGAAGCACGACAGCAGGUGCUUGCCGCACACGUGUAA